GAGCCGACGUCGUGUCAUUCGCUGCCAGGCUUCGGUCCGGUGAACAAGUGAUUUGUUUUACGCACUACUUUUCCCUGUACAUACCUAGUUUAUUGCGCAAAGUUUAAGUAUUUUACUCGGUUAACGAAUCAACGUGUGUAAAAGUGUUUAGUGUUCAUGAGACAAAGUGGACGCCUUGCUGUUUAGUGGAUAAGUGGAGAGAGUUUAAAGAUACGCACUUGGGAGGAAUAGUGCGUGUGUGAGUGGGACAUGCUAGUAUGGCUUCAUCACAGAUCCAAGUUCGCCCACCGAUGGGUCUCCUGACGACGGUGGCCGAUUUGCCGCCAAGCUUCAAGGCGCAAUAUGUUCCCACCAUCACUGUGGCGGCCAUUGCCAAGCUCACAGGCGAGUCGCCGCUUGAUUUGACGGUGAAGCAAUGCUUCGGGGGUGCGAUUACCCCUCCUUUGACGCCUUCACCGCUGAAGAAACGCUAUCGCGAUGAGAACGACGAGAACCGCGAUGGAAAUCGGACCAAACAGAUUAAGAUUGAACAGACAGUGCCGGAAGAGAGGGAAGCCACACCAGUGAAACCGGUUAAAAUCGGCGCGGCUCCCAAGAGUUCAAAGAACCCUCCUCCGGUGGUUCCAAUUUCGAAGGAACGUCGAACGAAAGCGGCCAGGAAGUUAAAGUUCGACGAAGAAACAACAUCACCAGUGUCCGGUACGAUUAUCAUUUCACUAGAAGAAGCCAUUAACGGUGACAUGCCUCGCGAGUCCGGUGAUAUUGAUCCACAGUUCAAUUUGGUGGAAAUAUCCGACGAAGUGCGUGCCGAAUUGGCCACCAUUCCAAACGUGAUAGGUGCCUAUAAUUGCAAAUUGUGUCGGUUGGAAUUUGAGGAUGCCUUCGGCCUAGCCCAGCAUCGUUGUGCCUGUAUAGUACUACUGGAAUAUCGUUGCCCAGAGUGUAGCAAGCGAUUCAAUUGCCCGGCAAAUCUGGCGUCGCAUCGUCGUUGGCACAAGCCGCGAGAUCAAGUUGCUAAGAAAGGAGAUGGAGAUAAAGCUGACGAUUUGGAAUGCAAAUAUCGAUGUGAGCAAUGUAACAAGACCUUCAAGCGUCCCGCGUAUCUGAAAAAGCAUCAGCUGACACAUAAUAAGGCUAAAAAUAAAUCCAAACAUAAUCAAUCAAGUGCCGAAAUCGAAACAAACGCAACAAUCAUUACAACAUCCGCCAGCUACCGUAGCAGUUCCGGUGAAGAGUCUAACCAUUCCACCAACAGUAGCAACACGGUUUACGUGAAUCACAUGACCGAAGCACCACAAACAGUGUUCACCGUAGUGGCCAGUGAACCUCCGCUGAAACGAGAAUUAGUUCAUCAUAAUUACCACAUGGCUCAAUCACAAUCAUCGCACACCGAUCCUACCGACGACGAUGAGGAGGAGGACGAUGACUACGACGAGCGUGCCUUGGUGAUCAACGAGGACUACCAGGUCGAUCAGGAAAUGGAGGAACAGAUCCGGUCAGCGUAUUGCGAUCGCUUCACAGAGGAGGAGAACAUCGCCGCGGCAGCGCUGGCCCAUCUUCGCAACGGACCCUCGGUAAUCCGCCACACGACCGCACUGGUUGUCUAAGUCUUGGAAAGGAACCUCUAUACUCGUAAGUUGCCUAAUACAAUAGUUGCUUAAGUACUAUCAUUAUCAUUAAAUACUAUAUCGAAAAACAAACCGGGUUAGGCGCGGGACAACAAGUGGCGGUGUUCUACUUCGAAAUUCGCUUCGCAUUUAGGAACUGUCGGCCGGCAGAGCUUAUGAAUAUGAUUUACUUUCUGUACAUUUUGCGAAUCACAAAUCAGCAUCACACCAAAUAAAACAUGCAACCAAGAGCAGAAGACUGUGUGUAUAUAGCUUUAUAGCGAAUAAGACUGUGGAGCCAAGCUCUGUACUUACAACAAUCUUUUUUUUAGAUUUUAAGUCACCGGGAGAUGGAAGAUUCUGUUUAAUUUUCGUUUCAAAUUUAUGUGCGAACUUUUUUGUUUCAGCUAAGUUGAAUAGGUUUACUCUUUGUUUGUGCUUUUGAUUCACAAAACAGUUAUAUAUUAUUCCAUUGCAAUUGUAUAUUUGAUCAGCCGUCUAAAUGGUUAACUCGUGAAGACUCAUUUUUUUAUUUUACAACUAAAUAUUUAAAAUCGAUUAAAGUAUGCAUUAGGCAAUCAUUUAUUUUUGUUUCUGCUAUAUCUUUUUUGUUUAUUGAUGAAAUCGUUAUCGGUUUCCUGUGAAUCGUUCUA